AUGCCAAAGAAUAAUGACGGUUAUUCGAGGUUGGGAGUGGCCAGCAGUGGCAAGAGUCCAACCUAUGCGCGUUGGUCGUCGACCACAAUGUCUUCCGUCGCCUCAACUUCGACAGAAAUAAACCGACCACCCGCAAAACGCGUACGAUACCUCACAGAUGAUUCUUCAUACACGACCUCAUCCACCGCGGCCCUUAUUCAGCGAGAGGCAGAAGAGCGAGCUACACAAGAACUAGAGGAACAACGUAGGGCAUCAAGGCAACGCGUUCUUUCCGUUUGGGAGAGUCUUGCGGCUCGAUAUUCGCGCGAGCUUGAUAACGAUGAUAUUGUUGACCUCGAAUCUUUGACUGUUAUCCAGGACAGUGGGACGCUCAAAGCGAUUCGCGAAGUGCCGUUUGGCUCGCUGGCCGCUCAAGACGACAGUGACAGCGAAAAUGAUGAAGACGAAGAUGAAUUGGGUACUUGGGAUGAUGAACGCCAUUCAGCUCAGACGGCUUGGAUUCGGCUACAGUUGAGUAGGCAGGGGCCACCGCUCACUGAAGAAGAUCAAAAGGACCUCCAAGAAUUUCUUCGAGCUGAACAAGAGAGAAAACAAACGGGAGAACCACUAGACGACAUUUACGAAUUCAGCGAUGAAGAGCAGCCCAACAGGGGGGCCUCGAAAAUCCGAAUGCCACCUAAUGAAGAUACAGGAGACGAAGAGGAAGAAGAUGUAUCCGAAAGAGGUGACGUAAAUGCACGUCGAGAUGAAGAGGAGGAAGACGACUCUGCCUCAUCUUUUCGUCCAACUCCCUCUGAAGGAAGAGCCAGUAGUCCCGGCUCCGCCAACGAAGGAGAGAAUUUGGAACCGGAAGAGGUGGAACUGAUUGAAAACGCUCCUGGUCCGGAAGAUCUUGUUCACCGACCAGCCCCUCAACCCAAUCGUCGUCCAACGCCAGAAUCCGAUGAUGCCCACCCCAGUAGCGACGACGAAAUUGGAGAUCCCGCACCACAUCCUUUCACUCUGCAAAUCACUCGCCAUUCCGGCAAUCCACAGCUGUCGACCCCACCUACGUCAAAAUCGAGUGCGCUAUCAACUUCCUCGGACGUAUUUUCGUCUGCCCUCAAAUCCGUUUCUCCAGAGCGAAGCACUUCACCCCGUAAAGUCCGUUUCACCAAGCCCUCGAAAAGAGGCAGAAAACCAAAUGUGAAUCUGCGAGAGAAAUAUGCUUCGAUAAUAGCAUCUCUCAAAG